AAAGUAUUUCAAAGGCACUCAUCGAUCCGCCAGUCAAUUUUUCUCCCACUAACGAAAUUUUUGCGUAGGGUUUUGCUGCUCCUGGAUCCGCUUUCCCAAACCGCCGAUUGACGCUACGGCGCGCUAGGUUUUUGUGAUUCGGAGGAGGACGCGUGAAUCAGCGCGGUCUGGAGCCUUCAAUCUAUUGAUUCGUCGUUGUUCUGUGCGAUGCGAUGAAUUUGUGGUGCGAUCUCUUUGCUUAAUUUUGUUGUUGGAGAAGGUAGAGAGGUAUUCCGCCAUUGGAGUAAAGAGUUAGUUUCUGUAGGAAACGAAAAUGGAUAGUUCAAACCAGCAAUCCAUGAAUAGGCAGCAGAUGGAUCAUCUUGGUGUGAACAAGAUGGGGAAGAACAUUAAGAAGAGUCCCAUACACCAGCCUAAUUUCGGAAACAGCGGCAAUAAGCAGCCGCAGCAGCCGCAGCCCCAAGUCUACAACAUCAACAAGAACGAUUUUCGGAACAUUGUCCAGCAGCUGACCGGAUCACCAGCCCGGGAGCCGCCGCCUAGGCCUCCCCAAAACAAUAGAAAACCACCCAAUAAUAGGCUGAUGAGAGUCCGGCCGCCCCCUUUAGCUCCUAGUAGACCACAGGUCCCUCCAGUCCGUCCUCAACCACCCAAUGCCAUGGCUCCGCAAGUUCCGGCACCUUAUCCAAACACCUUCAUGAGACCUCCACCUCCUUCCCAAUACGAUCAACUUUCGCCAGCCCUAAUGCUGCCGCCAACCCCCCCUGAUGUCUGGACAAAUACCACCGAGUCGCCUAUUUCUGCCUACAUGAGAUACCUUCAAACCUCGAUUCUUGAUUCUGCUCCCCAGCAGAAUUCGUCGCAGCCUCAGGUUCCUGGCCAGAGCCUCCCUCAUCCCCAAUACCAUCCGAAUCCGGUUAUGGCACAGGCUGCAUCCCAGAGAGGUAUGGGGCCUCUUCCAUCUCCUCGGAUGAACGGCCCCCCUCCCCUUUUGGCAUCUCCCAAUGUAAAAGGCCCCCCACCCGGUCUCCCGUCGCCAAGAAUGACUGGACCUCCCCCCCUUUUACCAUCCCCUACUUCUCAGUUCCUUCUACCUUCCCCGUCUGGCUUCUUUAAUAUGCUUAGCCCUCGAUCCCCCCAUCCGUUUAUGUCUCCAGGAGCUUACCAGCAUCUUCCACCCCCGAUUUCUCCUGGUUUCUCUUUCUCCCCCAUCGGCCAGUCAGGGAUUUUAGGCCCGGGGCCUCCCCCGCCUCCUUCCCCUGGCUAUGGAUUCCCGUUGUCGCCGGGGAUCUUCCCCAUAUCGAGCCCAAGGUGGAGGGAUCAUUAGUUUUCAAGUGCAAGCUGCUGACUUAGGAAAUGUAUUGGGAAGACCAGGGUGGAAGAUCUGCCCUGGAAAUCUGAAGUCCAUGGUUCUUUUAUCAUUGUUUUGUUUGUUGAUACAUCCAGUCUUAUCUUAAUAUAUAUAUAUAUGAUGUUGUAAUAAUUAAUAACUGUAGCUUGCUUGUCUCAUGAUUAUAAGCUUUUAUUUUAUUUUUUCUUUAGAUGGAUAGGUCAUGAUGCGAAAGGCAAUAGUUGUAGCUCUGUAGUUUUGUUGUUAACUGAGUUUAAGAAUCUCCAAAUUGCAUAUA